AUGGCAGUGCUAAUUCAGGAUCAUGGAUCUACGGUGCCUGCCCUAGCAUCAAUAACAACCAAAGACUAUAACAACGACGAGUGUUCUCACGUGAAGGAAAAUCAGCAGCAUUCAACUCGAGUGGAGAUGGCGAAGAAGAUUUGGGUAAUAAUACUAUGUUGUAUGGCAUUGCCUUACCUGUAUUGGUACCUGUUGAUUUCGAAGUUUACGCCAGUACAUUACCUUCAGCAUUACGCACAGACAUUUGCAGACGCCUUCCAGAAUUCUCUACGAAGAUCAGUUUUGUUCGAAAGAGGCCAACACAAUUCAAGUGUGACGUCAGGUGCUGAUGUCACUGGAAGUAAUGAUGUCCCAAACUCCGAGGACAUCAUUAAACAACCAUUAAAGAAUGGGAGCAAGGACGAAACAGAAGACGAAGAAGAAGGCGCAGUCGAUUCAGAUAAGAUCGAUUCUCCCGCGAAUGGCAAAAAGAAGGACUCGGCUCGUAUUCCGCUGAAAAAAAUCCUCAUUUGGAAUAAGAAUUUUGGUCUGGGCAGUGGACGAUCGGCCUUCCUUCGCUUCGGGUGCAAAUACAACGCAUGCACAGUAACGAACAAAACACGCAACUUUGUACGGUAUGAAAGAACUGGAUGCUGUUAUAUGGCACGUGCGCUCCAAGGACAAAAGUUUUCCUCCGUAAGGAAUGAACUGAACAUGUUCUCAUGGUAUGUGACAGGUAACCAAAUGAGAUUCAUGCAUAUUAUAUUUGUUUCCCAGUUUACUGAUUCUCAGGUGGUUUUGAAUGAAGACAUUCUCUUAUUUACUGCUGUUAUGAUAUCGCUGUUACUGAUACAACACAGUGAUGAUUGA